ACCAAUAUGGCUGAUGCUGUGCAUAUCGAGACGGUCGGUGAAGAAAAUCAGGGACCAACUGAUGGGGUAUCGAGUGAUGGAGUGAACGAGCCAAUGGAGGUCUCGACAGAAGCCACUGUUCAAGAUCUACCGGUAGCUGAUUCAGUAAACAUGGAACAACCAACGGUAACUGAGAUUGUUACCAAGCAGAAGAGCCCUGAGUACAUAGAGCUGAGCUCACUAGGUGCAGGAGACACCGAAACUAUUGCCAUACAUGAACAACAGGAGACAGUUCCUGUAAAUGUUGAACCAGUUGAAGAGAAAAUGCAGGACAUUAAACCCAUGCAGGAGUCCGAUGACAAGUCAGCUGAUGGGCCAGAUUCCCCUGGUAACCCUCCUUUGCCACUUGAGCCUUCAGAACCUGAAUCGGGUGAUAAUGUUGAUACCCCUGCGUCCCCAGGGUUCACCCCGCUUUCCCCAGGACCAGAACAGAACAUGAACAGGGCAGAAAUGACAGGAAGUGAUAAUGACGAUUCAAACUUAUCAAAUGUCAUCGUGAAAGAUGAAGUCGAGGAAUUGGCCACACCUGCCUCUCCAACAGAGGAGGAAUCUGUGGGUGUUGCAGAUCGUGUCGUCGCUCAUAUUGAGCAGGAAAUAGCCAAGAAGCGAGAUGCCGAAAGUAGUCAUGGGAGUCAGAGUGGUGCGGCUACACCUGAGGAUGAGCAUGCAGAAAAACGACCACGGUCGCCUGAGCACCGUGAGAAAAAGAAGAAGAGGAGGAAGGAGCGUGUCGAAGAGGAUGAACGGACAGUCGAAUUGGAGAAAUAUUGGAAAGCUGUAAAGAAUAAUCCGGCUGACUUUACGGGGUGGACGUAUCUGCUGCAGUAUGUGGAGCAGGAGAACAAAAUGACCUGGGCAAGGGAAGCGUUUGAUGCUUUCUUCAAGCAGUAUCCCUACUGCUAUGGUUAUUGGAAAAAAUAUGCCGACAUGGAAAAGCGUCAAGGCAACAGUAACAUGGAGGUAGCUGCUGAGGUGUACGAACGAGGACUUCGCGCGAUUCCACUCAGCGUCGACCUGUGGAUACACUACAUCCACUUUGCUCUCAGUGUGUGGGAAGACGAUGAAAAGAGAAUACGAGAUCUUUAUGACCGUGCCCUAUCUGCAUCCGGAAUGGACUUCAGAUCUGAUAAACUGUGGGAACAAUACAUCAACUGGGAGAAGGAUUAUGAUCUCAAGAAAGUUACAGCCAUCUACGAUCGUGCAUUUACUAUUCCAACGUUGUUAUACAGUCAGCAUUUUGAUAAUUUCAAAAUCUUCGUCAAGAAGCAUCAUCCAAAGGACAUCCUUGAUCUCGAUGAAUUCCUGAAGCUACGCCAAGAGGUUGUUGAGGCCAGUGCGUUGACAUCAGACAAAGUGGAUGAGCUGGAAGGACCACCUGGUGGUGACCCGGACGAUGAUGCCCCCCCUGGAAUGGAACCCCAAGCUAAAAAAACACCAAAUGAUGACGAGGAGACGUUAGCAUUACGGGAAAAGAUAAUCAAUGGGCGAGAGGCUAUCUACCUUGAAAAUGAAGUAGAAGUAGGCAAAAGAUGGGCUCUGGAGGAAGGGAUUCGUCGUCCGUAUUUCCAUGUGAAGCCACUUGAGCGGGCCCAGUUGAAGAACUGGAGAGAGUACCUGGACUUUGAGAUGGAAAAUGGAACACAUGAACGUGUGGUUGUUCUGUUUGAGAGAUGUAUGAUCGCUUGUGCCCUAUAUGAAGAUUUCUGGAUGAAGUAUGCCCGAUAUCUGGAAAAGCACAGCAUUGAUGGAGUCCGUAACGUCUUCAGAAGAGCUUGUACAAUCCACCUGCCAAAGAAACCAAACAUUCACUUGGCUUGGGCUGCAUUUGAGGAAAGAAAUGGAAAUACUGAAGAAGCCUGGGAAAUCCUUCAGGGGAUUGAGUCCAAUUUGCCAGGCCUGGUGAUGCUGUCAAUUCGGCGGAUAGGUUUCGAGCGUCGCCAAGGCAACCAUUCCGAAGCUGAGCAUCUAUUCCAGGAGUAUAUUCAAAACGCCAAGUCCACCAGUAUCUCAACAUUUUUUGCCACAAAGUAUGCUCGAUAUGCAUUUAGGGUGAUGAAAGACAAAGAGAAGGCACAACGGAUAUUGAUGCAAGCUAUUGAGAAAGACAAGAUGAACAUCAAGCUGUACCUACAGUUGCUGGAUUUUGAAUACCAGUCUCCUGACCCUGGUGACGAGGAGAUACUGCGUAUCUUUGACAUGGUCCUACUCAACGAUGACUUCCCCUUGGAGCAGAAGAUAGCCUUCUCGAGGAGGAGAGUGGAGUACCUGGAAGAGUUUGGCUGCAAGGUUGGCAGUCUUGUGGAGGUGAAUGAGGAGCACCAGAAGAUGGUUAAAGAUCACAAAGUCGAAGAGAAGAAGACGACUAAAGGUGGGGAGAGGGACUUGAAUCAAGUGAACACACAGCAGCAUCAUACCGGGAGGAAGAGAGGGGCUGACGAUGAUGUAAGUUCGUCGCGCAAGAGAGGGCGUGGUGGCGCUCAUGAUGGAUCCGCCAAUGGUGGCGACUCACAACAGUACAAUUAUGGCAACUGGGAAGGUUAUAAUGCCGGUACUGGUUCGAAUCAAAACUACAACUAUCAGCAAGGCUAUCAACAGUAUCAACAAUACCAGCAGUACCAAAACUGACCACACUGAGGUGCAUAAGGCAUAUGCCAGAGACUUGACUCAAGUAUUUUCAUUUAUCCAAGAGACACAAAGUGUGUCAUGUAUUCUUUCAUAUACUGCCUUUGUGUUCUGCCUCCUUCACUUGUCUCUCGAAUCCAAAUGGAACUUGACCUAAAUUCAAACUUGCGUUUGUGACAAAUUGUCUGCUCGACACUUGAGCAGUUCUCGACAUUUGAGAGCCAUCGCAGAAUCUAGAUGCCUCGAAUUCGACCAAUUGAUGUAAAAACUAGUGUAUUUUGUGGUAUAGCUCAACUGGCAGAGGAUAACGUUCAAAACCUAUCAAGAUAAUUGGAUUUUUCUGUAUUUCUUGUAUUUGAGGUUCUAUGAUCUGCCCGUAUCUUCCACUAGAUGGUUUUGUUGUCAAUGUGCUUUUUGUUCAAGAGUUCAUGUAUUCAUAAAUAAAAAUAGUUGAAUUGUGUCUUCCUGGAUUUGUGAUCAAGUUAAGAGUUGUGAUCAGCCAAAUUUCAAAGCUGUUUAAAACAUUCAAUCUUCUGUUCCCCAAGUUUGAUGAUUAUGUAGCUAAAAACCACCUGAUCAUUUGACAAGAGGCUUUACAAAAUAGGUCCCAAUCAAUUUUUUCCAAAUCAUCCAUUUGUAAGUUAUUUUUUACAGUUUUAUUGGUCCUUUAGAGUAGAAAUCGUGAUAUAGGUAAUUCAGAAAAUAUUCAGAUUCAUUACGGUUAACAGCAGAAGGGUCAAAUGUUUUGCAAGAUGGUGACUGAAAUAGUGACAAUGAUUCAUACAAAUUUGGCACCGUUGUAUUCUUGGUACACUGCGCCCUCCACUUUCGAGAUUUGUCCUGUUCAUGAAUAGUGAAGGUCACCGUAUAUUGUACUAGACCUACAUGUAAAUGAUUGGUGUAAUUUUGUGAAAUAAAGCUAUGAUGAAAAAUA